UUUAAAUACUAAAGAAAUAGUUUGGGACAAAGUAAUAAAUUGUUGAUUGAGUUUUAUUUUUGUUUGCUAGUGCAUGUAAAACAACAACAAACCAAAUGCAUUCUCGUAGAGUGGGGUCUGAGGAGGGUGUGUAGUAAAUAGACUGGGGUCUAAGGAGGGUGUGUGUACGCAGACUUUACCUCUACUCAAGAAAUAGAAAGGUUUCCAGGAGACCCCGACUCAAAACACAUGAUCAUCACAAUGCCAAUGGAAAGUGACACGAACGAAGUAAGACAACAAACAAAUAAAAACAAACUCACUUGCAGACACUAAAGUGUCAACUAAGGCACAAAGCCACAAAAGCAUUCAAACAUAAAUACUUUGAACUAAAGCCCAAAGGUCUAUCAUACCACCACCAUCCUAGACCUCCAUAUGUUGUUAUCUAAGGUCAUAUCCUGGGUGAGACCUUGAAGUUAUCGGUUCUGCCUAACCACCUUGUUUCAACUCUUCUUAGGUCUACCUCUUCCCCUCCUAAUGCCCCCUACCACAUCCACUAGCCUCUCACACCUCAUCUCUGAAGCAUAUGUACUUCUCCUCAGUACCUCCCCAUUACGCAUAUCUACUUAUCUUCCCAAACCAUUUAAGUGUAUAGAUAAAGCUUGGGUAUGUAUAAAGAUUUUUGUCCAACCAAAAUGUUCGAACCAAACAAAGGAGAUAGAGAGAACAUGUCCAUUGUACUUUUUUUAUGCAUUAUCCUUAACAUUGCAUGCAUAUUAAUCCAUGUCGCAUGUGAUCGCAGUGACCAUUUGUUCCCAAGCAACUGCUGCACUAAGCUUAUUGCGGGAAAGAAGAGGCUGUUUUGAUAUUGUACUAAGUGAUGUUCAUAUGCCUGAUAUGGACGGUUUCAAACUCCUUGAGCAUGUUGGGCUUGAAAUGGACCUUCCUGUGAUCAUGAUGUCGGCAGAUGAAAGAACUAAUCUUGUAAUGAGAGGAGUUCAACAUGGGGCUUGUGAUUAUCUUAUUAAGCCUAUACGUCAUGAGGAACUGACAAAUAUCUGGCAACAUGUUGUUAGGAAGAAGUGUAAUCUAAAUAAAGAAAAUGACCAUUCUAGCAGUUUUGAAGAUAAUGAUCAAGCUAAACAGGGAACUGAUGAUGCUGAAUAUGCUUCACCCAUCAUUGAAAGAGCUGAUGGAGUAUUGAAGUCUGCAAAAAAGAAAAGAGAGUCUAAAGAAGAUGAUGAUCCUGAAAUGGAAAAUGAUGACACAGCUGCUGCAAAGAAGCCGCGUGUGGUUUGGUCAGUGGAACUUCAUCAGCAGUUUGUUAGUGCUGUUAACCAACUUGGGAUUGAUAAGGCUGUGCCUAAGAGAAUCCUAGAGCUAAUGAACAUUCCUGGGUUAACAAGGGAAAAUGUUGCUAGUCAUUUGCAGAAAUUUAGGCUUUAUUUGAAAAGGUUGAGUGGAUUUGCUCAACAGGGUGGACUACUGAAUUCCUUCUGUGGACCAAUUGAAUUGAAUCCAAAGAUGUAUGACAUACAAGCACUAGCAGCCUCAUGCCAAAUCUCUCCCCAAACAUUGGCAGCUCUUCAUGCCGAGCUUCUAGGGCAACCAUCUAGUGGUCUAGGUUUGCCAACAAUUGACCAUCCAGCUCUGCUACGCAUCUCUGCAGGGACCCAAAUAUAUUCCUGACAAUCAAGAUGUGUCUUAUGGUCAGCCUCUGAUGAAGUGCCCGCCAAAGAUCUCCAAGCAAGUCAAUCAACAUUUGCCAACUGAGAAUAUUUCUUCUGCUGUUGGAGCUUGGCCUCCAAAAAACAUUUGUGUGGUUCCUAGUGUUGAUAUUAGUGGUGUAGGUGCCCAACACAGUAAUAAUAUGUUAGCAACAGUGUUGAAACAUCAUCAGCAAUGCCAAACUCAGCAACUAGUGGGGCAACCACAGAAGUUAUCUACUAGCCCGGAAUUUUGCCGCCCAGUUAGUGUGCAGCCCUCUUGCCUAGUGGUUCUCGCCACCAAUUCUCAAAGCACAAAUAACCUGGCUUCAAUAAGCCAGACCAACAAUUUUAGCAACAGUAAUGAUGUUAUAGAUUCCAGAAUUCUUUCUCCUCAAUCAGGUUCUCUCUCUCCAUCUGUCGCAUCAUGCUGUGCAAAUGCUGAUAACCGCACUAGCUGGCAAAUUCAGAACUCAGCUUGCAUGAUUAGCAGUGCUAAUAGAGAUCUGGAAGGCAUUGAACCUAACCUUGGCAUUCCUGUUCAAAACCAUCAGAAACCUGACCAAUUACUUGACCAGGAGCCUGCUAAGAAUCUUGGGUGUGCCAGUAGGGGAUCAUCCAUUCCUAGUCGAUUUGCUGUUGAUGAAUCUCAACUAUCAAUAAGCAACAUACAUCAUUCUAGAGUCUACAAUGAAAAUAAUACAUGCAUAGUGAAGCAGGAGCCGGGUAUGAAUAUUGUUGGCAAUAAAAAUGUUGGGGUCCAAAUGCUCCGAGGAAUUCCUCGAAAUGACUUCAUGAGUGUUCUCUUCUAAUUAGGUUUUAUUAAAAAAAAAAAUUGUAUAUGCUGGAUGAUGUAUGAUGAUGCGUUUCAAACGGUCCGAAAUUAUGAAGGGCGUGACAGUUAAUAUGCUUACAUUGAGGUGAUACUAUUCAAAAAUCAGAAUUGGAUGAAUAAAGGUAAAUAUUCUUGGCCUUCGUGUGUUGAAUGAACUGAUGAGCUUAAGAUGAGUGGUGUAAAAUUGUUCAUGGAGUGCAAGUUCUACAAAUGCAGUGUUCAGUGUUGUUUGUUUAGGGAAAUAAAAGUCUAGGAUUGUCAUGCCAUGUAAGAAUGAAUAUUCACUUGACUGGGCACUCUCUUUGUAAAUUUGUAUGUAUUUAAUUUGUCACAUUCAUUAUUGUGCACGUUUUUGCUUUCUCCCAACUUUCUAGCCUCGGAAAGGCGGGUAUAAGUACUUACCUAUAUAAAAAAAGAGUCCAAACUUG